GAGGGACGAAGGUUGCACCUGUAGCUCUACACCUGACUAUCAGAGAGAGACAGAGAGAGAGAGAGAGACAGAGAGAGAGAGAGAAUAGGCUGUACAGGGGAGGACGAAGAAGACGAAGGGAAGGACAGCAGUAAAAGGAUAAGAGUGGAAGAGGAUUCUGGAGUGGAUAUUGCAGUGGCAAUGAUCUGAUAUUUGAGUCGAUAUAUUUGGUUUUCCAAGCAGGGUUUUUCCCAUAAACUAUUAAGCUUUGGGAGGAAGGUCGUCUCCAGAGCUCUACAUAUAUACAGGCCCCUCCAUUCUUCCAUCCCGCUCUCCCUCCUCUCUGUGUUUGUGUGUGGUCAUGGCUGACCCAUCGCCUGGCUGGUGGAAGCUGACCUUCCUACGUAAGAAGAAGUCAGAGCCCAAGGUUCUGUACGAGAUCCCAGCGGAGCAUGGCAGCAAUACCACACCCCACAGUGGAGCCCCCGGGCCAGUAGAGGGCAACACAGAGGACAGCCAAUUGAACGCCCGUCUGGAGAGGAUAGUGGAUAAGACGGCCACCAAGGGACGCCAUGUCAAAGUGUCCCACUCGGGACGUUUUAAAGAGAAGAAGAAGAUCAGGGCCACGUUAGCAGAAACGCCCGAUCUGUUCCCUGGUCACAAGACUAGCGACAAGAACCUCUGAGCUCUGGGAAAUGAGUUCACGUACACACACGCAAACACACCAAAACGUCAUGUCUUUCUCUAUCAAACGAAUUCGUGCAGACUCAAACACAGAAGACUUUCUUUGCCUCUCCCUCAAACACAUACAUCGGUCUCACCAUUUCACACGGUCCCUCUAUCACACCCAGUGACACGCACAGAGAUGAAAGGCAGUGCAUCCCCAUUGGGCCAUGACAUUUUGUGUCAAUCCAGUCAGAUAUCUCUGUUCUUUCGUUCCCUAGAAAUCUGGGACUCACUGAGAGUCAUUGUAGGCAUCUCAGUAUCACACUCUCUCUGUCCCUUCCAUCUAUAAAUCAGUGGAGUGGUGGAAGAAUGGGACACCUGAUUCUCCCCUGUCUGUCUGCAUCCUACCUAGGCCACGAAUACAUAAACAGACUACCUUUAAUAAGGUGCUAUUAGUCAUCUCCGAUUUUAAAUAUUCAACAGGUCCUAGGGACAUGGGGAGUUUCAGGUCCUGCAUAUUACACUGUACAGUCAUGGUACGGUACAGAAUGUGUACUUUAUUGGUGUUGCUUAAGUUUCUUGUCUGUUCAAAAGCAAAUAGGUAACGUAUGAAACAGACGUUGUUGUUUGCAUAACAGCUUUAUGACCUAGAGGGCAUGGUUACUGGCUGUUGGAGGUUGACUGGUUUCCAUAGCAAAAUACUGUGUCACGUGUCAUUCGUAGACAUGUCACCUCGAAAAUCAAUUGUUCUAAAACUAACCUGAGUUGUAAAACCUGAGUAUAUAUUGUCCUGUUUUUUUUCUUUCUUUAAAGCUUUAAAAAAAAAUGCCAGUAGGCCUCUCUUUUAUCCCUUCAGAAUUUAACCUCACACUAGACAAACGUUUCAGUUUUUCUUCUAGUUGCACUUUCUAAUGUAAAAGUGAAGGACUGCUUCAUAGAUCGACUGCAAGGCUCCAACAUAACAUGCAUUUCUCCAGUGUUGCUUUAGUGUUUACAACAGUCUUUUGAAGAUAUUGGCAGACACUGAAGCCAAACUAAAACCAGAGAUGGAAGUGGAAGCGAGACACCCCACUUGCUGUUUUUUUUUUUUUGGUUCAAUGAAGUAAGUGGACCAGACCCAGCUGCUAUUGCAUUGGUGGCUAUGGUCGACACACCCAGUUAAGUAGACUGGAACGGACUAUUUAUUUUCGAUGGUAAACGGCCUGAGUGAACUAUCUUCACUUAUCCACCAUAUUCGCUAAAACUAUUCAUGAGAUCCCUCCUCUACAAAGACUGAAAAAGUACAUUUCAUUUCAUUUUCACCUUCUACACUUAAUGACAAAAAUCACUUUCAUUGAAACGGUGCUGUACAUUCUGAGUAAUUUUGUAAAAUAAAUACAGACUUGUUUUAUAAAUAAAAUAUAUGUCGUAUUUUA